UAUGGUAUUUUUCAUAAAUUUAUUUUGGAAUUUAUACACCUGGUUACAUUAAAGUCCCAUGUGGGUAUCAGCUCCAAUUAAUUUUUUAAUUUUUUAAAUGAAACUAUAGGACAAUGCUGCGCAAAUCAAAGAAACAGCCCGAGACUGUGGCCGAGAAAGUCAACAUGCUGCUCGCUCAUCCAAACGAGAGCGACAGUGCCGAGGACUCGGACUUCGACGUGUCCACCGGUCCCAGGCUGGCCGAUUUUGAAGAGGGCGAAUAUGACCUACCGGAUGCACGGAGCACAUCGUUCCGAAAAAGGAAUGCUAAGAUGCUUUCGGAGGAGAGCAGUCGUUACAAAGGAAAGAUCAGCAGUCGCAAGGAGCUGGAGGAGGAGAAUGAUUCUGAAGGCGAUGAGUUACCCUAUGAGGAAAGCGAUGAUGAAAAGGACGCUCUGGUUGCAUUUAAUAAGAAAUUAAAAGCCGAAAAAGUCCCUGCUACAGCUGAGGAAGAAAAUGGACACUCCGAAGAGGAUCAGGAAGAUGAAGAUGACUCUGAAGAGGACAUAUCCGAUGAGGAAGAUAAUGAAGAAAGUGAGGAAGGGAACGACUACAAUGAUGAUGAUGAUGAUGAAGAAGAUGACACCAUCAGACCCUCAGAUGUCAUGUCCAAAACGAACCACGAGGCAGAAAUUCAAAAGGGGGUAUGUGUUCAAAAUCAACUUCGAAUCUGGGAACGUCUCCUGGAGUUGCGGAUCAACACCCAAAAGUUCACCAGCAAGGCUAACCAAUUGCCAGCACCAGAGACCCUGAAGAUUCUUGCAACCGAAAACCACGAACUUCAAUCGGUUUUGGUUGAGGCUCAGGACCGCUCCUCCAAACUUUUGCAGCAACUCUUGGCCCUCCAAUCAGCCCUUCAUCACCAAAAUUCGGAGAUGAGAAAGUCGGUGAAACGUAAGCAACCCGAAGAGAAUGAAAGUUUUCCGCCAAAACGGUUUGGUAGUGUUCUGCAAAGCAAUUUUCAGCAGAUAACUGGCUACAGAAAUGAUGUUCUGCUGAAAUGGGACGACCGCACCAAGCUUUUGACCCCGGGAGCUGGUGUGAAACGGAAGUCUGCCCAGGAGGACUACGACAUCAUCAAGAAAAUCGACAGUGCUUUGGACAAUAGGGAAUUGAUCGUGGAAAAGUCACAGAUCCGAAAGAGCAAUCAACCUGAGCAGCAACUGGAGAACGCUCCACCGCAACGGCUAACGCACAUCUAUGACGACACUGACUUCUAUCACCAGCAACUGCGAGAACUGAUCGAGUAUAAAGCCAGCACCGCAUCAAAUAUGAGCGAGAUCACAAAGCAGUUCGUGGAGCUGCAGAAGCUGCGUCAAAAGAUGAAGAAGAAGGUGGACACUAGGGCCAGUAAAGGACGCAAGCUUCGUUAUGUGGUGCACAAGAAGCUUGUUAACUUUAUGGCCCCAAAUGAAGCAAGUGAGUGGACGGAUAGCGCCAAAUCCGAGUUGUAUAAAUCACUAUUUGUUUAAAAAAAAAUACUUAAAUUUACAAAUCAAAAUAAAUCUAGUUAGUGAAGCAAAUAUUAUAAUGAAUAAAAUAAUAUGAACUGAAAAACUACCAAUUCCUAAAAUAAAACUUGUAUAUCUUUAUGCUAAGCAUGAAAACACCA